AAACUGUCAAGAGUCAACUAGAUGGCCUUUUAGUCUUUAUUUCCUGAGGAUAAAAUAGGAAUUACUAAUCCAUACCAUAAUCUGAAGCGACUCUGAUUUUUCAAUUCUCACAAUCUUCAACCAUUCAGAAUUGUUAUUUGAAUUAUUCUUUUCCCUUUAACUUGAUCUUUUGAAUGUGAAAAAAUGAAGAGUGAGUGAAUAAGACAAGUGGAGCGCCACACAACUCAAAUUCAAUCCAUUAACUUGUUUAUGUUGGAACUCUCAACUUUAGUUCCCAUUCUGUCUCUUCUUUCUAUACUUACUUCUUGUUGACUCUUCUCCUUCAUCUUCCUCAACGUACAACAUCAUCUUCCAUCAUUCAUGAUUUAAAUUAUCACCAAAAAGUUAAAAUACUAUUUCAAAAUGAAUUCUAGUGAGAUAUACAUUGAUUCCUUUCUAAAAGUGACACCAACAUUUAACUCUAUUUGGUGUUUAUCUUUGGCUGCAGCUGGAACCAUUGGAUUAACCGGGGUCAUCCCGAUACUUUUCAUGUCCUCAAUUUCACAUGAUGAUAAAGAUGCCAACAAUAGAUUGAAAUUAUUACUGAGCUUUUCUGUCGGUGGUUUACUCGGAGAUGUAUUCUUACAUUUACUUCCGGAAGCUUGGGCCUAUGUUAUGAAAUCUGGAUCACUGAUUGAAAAUUACUUGUCAUUGGGACUCUGGGUUGUUUCUGGGAUAUCAACAUUUCUAGCUAUUGAAAUGAUCUUCACUAUUUGUGGAUCAAAUUCUGAUGACCAGGAAAAGACCAAUGAUGAGAUCAAGGCAGAUGAACAUGAUGACAAUAGUGAAAAAAACUCAUUAGCAGUGGAAAAGAAAUGGGUUUCGCCUUCUGUGACUGGAUAUCUCAGUGUUUUUGCCAAUGGAGUAGACAAUUUCACUCAUGGACUUGCAAUAGCAGCCAGUUUCUCUGCUGGGGUUAAGAUUGGUGUCCUUACAACCAUCGCCAUACUAAUCCACGAAGUUCCUCACGAGUUUGGAGAUUUUGCAAUCUUAAUGAAAUCAGGAUUUUCUCGUUGGAAAGCCAUUCAAGCUCAAAUGUUUACUGCUGCUGUUGCCAUGAUUGGAGCUGCUGUGGCACUUUUAGCUCAAUCUUCAGAAACUGAGGUUGGAUCACGAACUCGAUGGAUUCUACCUUAUUCAGCUGGCUGUUUCCUCUAUAUUGCUAUGAGUAAUAUUUUACCUGGUCUUUUGAAAGAAGAUAACCCAAAAGAAUCAUUGAAACAAUUAGUUGGAAUCACAAUGGGUGUACUCAUCAUGGCUCUAGUCAAUAUGAUUGACGACGAUUCUCUAUCUCUGUUCAUGUGAACAAUCCUACCAAAGUGCUAUUCAUAUCAGACAGAAAUAUCUAUUAUUUUGAUAAUUUCUUUGUAUCGUUGCAAAUUUUUUGACAAAUUUUUAUUGCGAUAUUGUAAAUAUUAGUAAAUCUAUAGAUUGUAUAUUUGUAUAUACAACGAAAAAACAA